UCUGCCCUUGGCUCAAGCCGCACUCAUCUGCUUGCUUCGUUCGAGCCAUUCACUCUGCAUCCCUCUUGCACGGACACGGCGGCGGCGGCGAGCUGGACCCGAAGACCUCGGUGACGGCGGUGGGUGACGGCACGGUGGGCGUGGCGAGGAGGUUGCGGGGGCUGGAGACGAACGGGUCGGAGUUGACCAGCAGGACCCACGUAUCCUCUUCAACCUCCAUCUUCUUUGGCAGGAGAAAAGGCAACGGCAGCUGCUCUUCGAUCUGCUCCAUGCGAGCAUGCGGCGGUGUGGGCGGCCUUGCAGGACUUGGAUUUGGCGAGGAUGGCGGCGACCGGGGAGGAUGCGGCGGCGAGGGCCCGUGGCGCCUUGAGCACGACGGCGGAGGUGGCGUCGGCCAGCGGCUUGCGCGCGGGAGCGAGAGAGGACGACGAGCAGGCACACGCCGAGCCCAGAGGUCGCGGCGGCGGCCGCGAGCUCGUGUGCAACAGGCAUGGUGGCGGUGACCCUCGUGGGGACGCGCAGGCCAUAGGAGGCGAGACGGCCGCGUGCUACCACACCAUCCAUGUGCUGCUCGCCGCGCUUCCCUUUCCUUCCGACCCCUUGCCCCCGCCUCGUGCUGAGCCAUGGCGGCCGGUGACACCCUUCCACCAUCCCUUGCUUUCCUUGCUCUGCCCCAGAAGCCCCGCUGCCGGAGGACGACCCGGCGGACGAGCCGCCGCCGCCGCCGGAGGACAAGCCGCCGAAGCAUGCCGAAGAUGCGCCGCCGCCGGAGGUCUCGCCGGAAGCGCCCAAGGAGCUCCAGGAGAUGCCCGCGUCGACGAGGCCGCCAUCGAGGUGCAGCAGACGGGGUUGAAGGGCGGGCCUUAUCCAUUGAGCCAGGGGAGGAUUGAGCCAUACGAUGGCCGAAUACGUAUUCUACAGUCUGCAAGUGGGCCCAACAUCGCCCAAAGCGUAGAAAAUGGCAUGAACCGGGUAAAGGAAAAAUUGUAAUGUCAUGUUUCGGAAUAGAUGAAUAGUAAUGGCAGAACUCAAAAUUUGAAAAAUUAUAAUGACAUAAAUCCAAUUAACUCUUUUCAAAUUGGCCUUUGCAAGGUACUUGGGCCACCUAUAUGCAGCACAUCACAUUUCAUGACCUCGUAGGUCACAUUGCACGCCACCAAAAUCUUUU